AUGGUAGGCCAUGAUGCGACUCACGAUGGCGAAACCACGCCGGCGCCGCUCGAAAAAGGUUUCGCGACGCUCAAUCAACUCACGAUCGGGGUGAAGGCGAUGGUGGAGAAGAAUGGUGAACCACGAAAAGCAGAAAUCCUGUCCGUAAAACAACGCAAUGGUGGUCUAACCUUCUAUGUACACUACGUCGAGUUCAACAAGCGACUUGACGAAUGGGUAAACGCUGAUCGCAUCGAUCUGAGCCAUGAAGUGGAGUGGCCAGCGCCUGAGAAGCCCGAAAAGAAAAAGACCACCACUACCAUUACAAAACAAGGACAGAGUGCGACGACAAAGAACGUCUUGACCAAGCAAGCCGUCGCAAGUCGGGCACGAUCAGAUUCACGGCCUGGCACAGCGACGCCUGACAGUGCUUAUCUAGCUGCCAAGGCUGGAAACGAUCGUAAAAGGCCACAGCCUUCAAAGGCUGGUGGUAAGGAGAAUCUCGAAGAUGGUGCUGCCGGUACGCCUGAGCCAACACUUGCUGGCGCAGGCACGCCAUUGCCCACUCUCAGCCAUGAGGACAGCAGCACGGCCGACGUCGAGAUGGUAGACGUGACCAAGACCGAGGAGAAAGUGUCGCAUAUCCUGGAACCAGAAGAAGAAAUCGAGAAAUUACGAACAGGUGGCUCUAUGGUGCAGAAUAAUGCUCAAGUACAUCUCGUCCGGAAUCUGGAGAAGAUACAAAUGGGCAAGCACAUCAUCGAGCCGUGGUAUUUUUCGCCUUACCCUCAAGAAUUCGCCGACGCCGAUCUUGUGUACAUUGACGAAUUCUGCUUAUCAUAUUUCUCGUCGAAGAAAGCCUUCGAAAGACAUAGGACGAAGUGCCAACUACAGCAUCCGCCUGGAAACGAAAUAUACAGGGACGACUACGUUUCUUUCUUUGAGGUUGAUGGAAGACGGCAACGGACGUGGUGCCGGAACUUGUGUUUGCUCAGCAAGUUGUUUCUUGAUCACAAAACUCUUUACUACGAUGUUGAUCCAUUCUUGUUCUACUGCAUGGUCACAAGAGACGAACAUGGUUGUCAUCUGAUUGGAUACUUCAGUAAAGAGAAAGAAAGUGCCGAAGGCUACAAUGUCGCCUGUAUCUUGACGUUACCUCAAUACCAGCGACAAGGUCUAGGAAGACUUCUCAUCGCAUUUUCGUACGAGCUCAGCAAGCGCGAAGGAAAACUUGGAUCGCCAGAGAAACCAUUAUCUGAUCUUGGACUUCUUGGCUACAGACAAUACUGGAAAGAAGUCCUCAUCGAGCUGCUCUCCGACCCCUCUCGGCUUCCGCCACCAGGAAGUGCCUCACAUACCCCCACAUCAUCUGACCUGCAUCCGCACUUGAGCUUGGGUCUGAAUACUCCAGGUGGACAAUAUACCUCGUCGAUCUCAGAGAUUGCAAACCUGACGGCAAUGACUGAGAAAGAUGUUCACGAGCAGCUGGAGGUUCUGAGAUUGUUAAGAUACCACAAAGGGCAGUGGAUCAUUGUUGUUAGAGACGAAUUGCUUGAAUGGCAGGAGAAGAAACUGGAGAAGGAGAAGAAGAGAGGUGUGCGGCGGAUCGACCCGAGCAAGUUGAAUUGGAAGAUACCGGUGUUUACAAACAGCAUGAGGACGUGGAACUGGUAA